AUGACGACUAUCCGCCGGUUCUGCUGCAACGACCUCCUCCGCUUCGCUUCUGUCAAUCUCGACCAUCUGACCGAAACUGUGAGUGGAUAGCAGCUCCCUCAAGCUGUCCUUCCUUUUUCUUUUCCUUAACGUUACUCUAUCUCUCUUUCUCUCCCGCUCUGACCGGAAAUUGCUUGUGACAGUUCAAUAUGUCCUUCUACAUGACGUAUCUUGCUCGGUGGCCGGAUUAUUUUCACGUCGCCGAGGCUCCUGGCAACAGGAUAAUGGGUUACAGUACGCGUCCAUCCCUGCGUCCUAGGUUUUGCUGUGUCAUGGACAUUUUCAUCCUUUUAAUGUGUGCAAUGAAAAUCUGUUCUUCCGUUGAUCAAUGGCAUUCGGUAGGAGUUUGUCCGUAGAUUCGUUCGAGCCUGUAUAUGCUCCUUUUUUCCUCGCCCCUUUUUGGUGAAAUUGUUCUGCAGUGGUUCCGUAAAUUAUCCACUAGUACUUCUUUGAAUUAUCCACCUCGUCCCCUGUGGAAAUAUUUUCUGUCCGCUACGGUUUCCUUGGAAUUUUUUAUUUAUUUAUGGUUUUCUCGUUGUUUGAAAAUUAAUUAUCUUGCUUCAUUUUACAUUGGUGUGUGAACUCUAAAAAUAGAAUGUCUUUGGGACUGUUGAAGUAAAAAAUGGAGGUAAAACGACUGUGCUGCUUUUAAUGAGAAAUAUUUUCUGAUUCGUAUCUAUCAAUAAAACCGAAAUAUCAUUAAAACCUACCGUAAGCAAGCGAAUAAAUGCCAGUCUGUUGUGUAUUUUUGAAAUAUCAGUUGGGAGUAUUUUUUCUCCCAGAGCAGAGACCGACCCCCUGCAUAUAUAGAGUGUUUACUUGUAGGUGGUGUUAUGUAUAAUUCGAAAGAGUAGAUGCUACUGUUUUCGUUUGCAGCAUAAUUGCUUGACAUCACAAUCUUCAGCGUAGUUUGGAUUGUGCAGAGAACUGAUUAUCCUGUCACUUCUCUUUUACAUAGUUGCAAUGUUACCCUGUUGUCGCCAACAGAGAUGUUCAUAUCCGUGUUCAUACCUAUGACACUGAUUGAAUAUCUUAAGUAUAAUUUCUGAUGUUAUGAAUUGUACAUGCUUCUUAAUGUUUCUUCCUCUCUUUCAAGCAUGAAGAAACCAUUUUUUUUGUCUCUUUAGACUCUGUUUCUCCUUACUGAUCUACUUGAUCAUUUCAAGAGAACUGUUUAGGGUCCAAUCUGAUGGAGAAGUGCAUAUUUAUUUGUUUUCAAUUUAGAAACUUUAGUUGCUCCUUAUGAGGAGAAAGAGAAAGUUCGAAAAUGAAUGAAGUAUGGUAAAAGUUCUGCAUGAUAGAUAUCAGUUCGAUGGGAAGUGGAAGGUGACGAAUCCAUUUCAAAUGGUAUUUAUCAUCAUUUCCUCACAUUUGGGUUGGCUUAUUGGGUCAUAGUCCUACGAAUUGCUAUUUAUUUUAUGCAGUAACCUAAAGUCGAACGAAUGAUUAGUGUUGUUGUUGUUAACUCCAGCAUUGGGGACAUUGAAUUCUUUAGGUCUACAUUGAAUUUGGGACAUUAUUGUUAACUACUUUUUAAUUGAAAAUACUCCUUGGGUCUCUUCUGAUCUAGUAUGUUCAUUGAACAUAUGAAUAAAGAAAAUGUCCCGGUGUAAUGCAAUUUUAUGUGCUGCUUGUAAGUCACUGUAAAAUAUUCAGUUCAUCAUAUCAUAUGUUGCGAGGAUCUUUGUCUAAGUGUAUAAUUUGAAUUCCAGUUUGCUUACGAUUGUGUUUAUUGCUUCUUUCAUGCUUUGCCUGUUCCUCUUCAACCACCAGCAAAUAUUAUUCGGCAGGUUUCUCACUGUGAUUUGAGUUUUAUGCAGUCAUGGGAAAGGUUGAAGGGCAGGGUGAAUCGUGGCAUGGACAUGUUACUGCAGUUACUGUUUCUUCAGAAUACCGAAGGCAGAAAUUAGCCAAGAAGCUCAUGCAUUUGCUGGAGGACAUAAGUGACAAGUAACUAUACAGCUGAAUUACCUUUUUUGGUUUUGUCACUGUUGUGUAUCUUUCCUUCGUGUGCUUACACGAGAUGGGUUCAUAGCAUUGUAGGCUGUCUCACAGAAUGUGACACUGACCAGCAUUUCAAAGGGCCAUUCAAUUGGAGUUGCUUAACUAAAAUUUCUGGGUACCAAUAUUCACUAAACUGUUUGGAAAUACAGAUGUAUGAUUGGUUUAGGUUAUUCUGGAUCCUUGUCAUAGGCUCUUGUCAUACAUGAUUUUUCUCUUGAGAUGCUCCGUGAUUUUUUCUCUUUCAACUUAGGUGCAGUUCUAUGAUUUGACAGGAUUUUCUCUGUGGGGGAGAGUGGGGAACUGGAUGAAGAAGUUUUAGAUUUCUCUCAUCUAGAAAGCAGUUCAUGUUGACAUGUUGUUAGGUUGAAUCGAAAUUGGUUACUCGUGUUUUAGCUGUCCUUCAGCUAAGUAGUUUGAACAUGCUGUACCGAGCUGAUAGCAGAUGUCUGAAGAUCAAAGGUAAGGAGACGAGGCAAAAAUGGGGCCAAAUUAUUACUCUUCCAGAAGCUGAACUACAUGUUAUUGUAGACAGGGAUGUUUAUUCCCAAGUGAGAUACAGCUGCUGGAGAAAUUGCAGUUAGGAUCAUAUUUUCUUUCUUCUGUUGAGGAAUGGAUCCAGAAGAAACUGUACCACGGACAUGGAACCAGUGAGCUUUGUAUGCUUGAACGUAGACUCUGUGUAGCCAGCCCCUGUGCGCAAUGGCAGCAAACAUAUGGCUGUCAAGUCAUCGAUGGCUCCGGUUCAGUUCCUGUCUGUCGCACAUAGAACGUUUGCCUGAUGAUAAUGGACUACAGAAUAGUUCCUUUUUUAGUUACUGAUCUAUCAUUCUUGUUUGACCGUAUUGUUGGCAACUGAUUUUUAGUUCCUGGAGGCAGACACGAACUCCAUUGGGCAAGCCUUCAUCCAAUUGGGAGUUGAUUAGCCGUCCGUUCCCUAGCUGGUUGUUUCUAUCUUGAUCUGGCUGUGCGUCCACCUGUUUGGGCUGGCUGUAUUGAAUUGAAUGUUGUCUGACAUUGAAAUCUUCUCCACAAAAGUCAAACAGUUGACUUUGGUUUUUUUUCACGCGCUCCUUCUUUACUGGAACCGAAUAGUGAAAUAGAUAGUAGAUGUUUUGCUGACAUACCUGCACAACGCCUUUCAGAUGUAUUUCUUCCAAAUUUUAGUCAACCGUUCAUUUUAGUCAACAGAAUCUGCUGAAUCCUGAUUUGAAGGUCUGCUUAUUUCAGGGAUAAGGCAUACUUCGUUGACCUGUUUGUGAGAGCAUCAAACAUGCCGGCAAUCAAGAUGUACGAGAAGGUCGGUUCCUCUGCCUUGCACCACCAGAUGUCAGAAAUCCUUGUAUUAAAAGAAACAUACUCCUUGAUCUGAACUGGUUGGUUUCAGCUGGGAUACAUCAUCUAUCGACGUGUAUUGCGGUAUUAUUCCGGAGAAGAAGACGGGUUAGGUGAGUCUGUUCUGCCGCCGCCAAGAAAAGUCAACCGUGAGAAGAGAAUGCUUGUGCCGACCGCCCUGUUCUCACUGCGCUUGUCGUCGCUUUUCUUCAGAUAUGAGGAAGGCGCUGUCGCAGGAUAUCGACAGGAAAUCCGUCGUUCCUCUGAAGAGACCCGUCACGCCCGAUGAACUCGAGUACGAUUGA